AAAUGGGCGACGCGUCAGAAAAUGCCAAGCCCAGCAGUUCCGCGCCCAAAAAGCAGCUCAUCCUCAAUGCCUUUGCCAUGAAUACACCGGGUCAUCUAGCACCAGGUCUUUGGCGACAUCCUCGGAAUCAGACCAACAACUACAAAAAGUUGAAUUUUUGGACGGAUCUCGCUCAGCUGCUUGACAAGGCUGGUUUCCAUGCACUGUUUCUUGCCGACGUCCUUGGCUGCUAUGAUGUUUACAAGGGCCCGGCCAAUACUACGCCUGCACUCGGUGCAGGGGCACAGUUUCCGGUCAAUGAUCCAUUGUAUCUCGUGCCAGCAAUGGCAGCCGUGACGAAGAACCUCGUGUUCGGCAUAACGGCAAGCACAACAUACGAACAGCCUUACUCCUUGGCCAGGAGAUUUUCGACAGUUGACCAUCUUAGUAAUGGCCGUAUUGCUUGGAACAUUGUAACAUCCUACCUUGAUAGUGCAGCUCGCAACUUCGGCCUAUCACAACAAGUCGAGCAUGACACAAGGUAUGAAAUUGCCGAGGAGUAUAUGGACGUGCUAUACAAGCUAUGGGAAGGCAGUUGGCGCGACGACGCCGUGGUGGAGGACCGAGAGUCAGGGGUUUAUGCCGUCGGCGAGCGAGUUCGCCAAAUCAAUCACCGAGGGAAACACUUCAACGUGCCGGGGCCUCAUAUCUGCGAGCCAUCGCCGCAGCGAACCCCGUUCUUGUUCCAGGCUGGCACUUCCAAGACUGGUCGCACAUUUGGUGCCAAACACGCCGAAGUAAUCUUCGCUGGGGCACAACUCCCAGAGAAACUACGUCCAUCGGUUGAUGCCAUACGUCAGCUUGCCAAAGAGGCUGGCAGAGAUCCCCAGCAUGUGAAAGUUAUUGCCAGCAUAUGCGUCAUCUUGGGUGAAACAGACGAAGAAGCCGAGAAGAAACACCAAGAGCUGCUGUCCUAUGGAGACAAAGAGGGUGCUCUUGCACUCUUUGGCGGCUGGACGGGCGUUGAUUUGUCCACUUAUUCCGACGACGAAGAUUUCCGGUUUGUCAAGAAGCCCAUGAUUCAAUCGAUCGUACAUGGCUGGGCGGAUACAGUGCCGGGGAGCAAAGAUCUCAAGUGGAACAAGGCCCGCAUUGCCGAGUACUUGCUUGUGGGAGGAAUGAAUGGGAAGGUUGUAGGAUCACCAACAACUGUCGCGGACGAGCUGGAGCGCUGGGUCGAAGUGGCCGAUAUUGACGGCUUCAACCUCAAUCACGUGACGAACCCGGGAUCGUUUGAGGACAUUAUCGAGUAUUUACUACCUGAACUUAGGAAGCGAGGCAUCUUCCGCAAUGGGGUGGAACAGGAGGGACUCACGGCUCGGGAACAAUUUUUCGGCUCGGCAUCACUUUUGAGUGACCAUCCAGGCAGCAGAUUCAAGUGGACAAAGGAGCAUGAAAUUCCUCCCUACCAGCACGAGUGAGGUGCAAGAGUGAGGUACUAGAUGUAUCGGGUCAAAGAAUCCACAGAGAAUCUACUUAGCGCCAUUGGACGGUGACUUUCUUCUACGACGCCCUCCGCCGCAUUCAACUUUCUUCGAGAAAAACAAGACAAUC